CAGAGCGAGAGUUAAAUGUUCCUCCAGCCGAAGAGACGCACACUACUGAGCUCUCUCCUCCCGUAACACUGCAGCACAGAGCGGGCUUUCUCAACUCUUUCUCACUUUUUAUUUAACUCUUUGAAACUUUUUUUUUAAAAACAUGUUUUGGUCACUGUCGCUGUGCGUAAUCGCAGCCUUCGCGUCCGCGCCGGCCGCAGACGCGCAAUCCUCCAGCCGGUAUGUGAUCGGAUGUCCCGCUCGCUGCGACAAGUCUCUGUGUCCCCGGGUCCCCGCGGACUGCCCGACGGGACAGACCCUCGACGCCUGCCACUGCUGCUCGGUGUGCGCGUCCGGCGAGGGGGAGGCGUGCGGCGGCAACGGGAAGCUCGGGGACCCGGUGUGCGGAGAGGGGCUGGAGUGCUCCGUCCCCGGCGGGGUGGCGUACACGGUCACGGUGAGGAGGAGAAGCAAGAGCGGGACGUGCGUGUGCAAAGCUGCCGACCCGGCGUGCGGCAGCGACGGGGUGUCCUACCGGAACAUCUGCGAGCUGAAGAGGGUGAGCCGCCGGGCGGAGAAGCUGCAGCAGCCACCUGUUCUGUUCAUCCAGCGGGGAGCCUGCGGGAAAGGUCAGGACAAUCCAGACAGCCCAAGACACAAAUACAACUUCAUCGCCGACGUGGUGGAGAUAAUUGCUCCGUCUGUAGUUCACAUUGAACUCUACCGCAAGAUGACCUAUUCCAAGCGAGAGGUGGCAGUGGCCAGCGGUUCUGGCUUCAUUGUGGCAGAAGAUGGCCAGAUUGUGACCAAUGCCCACGUGGUGGCCAAUAAACACCGGGUGAAAGUGGAGCUGAAGGGCGGCGCCUCCUAUGACGCGAAAAUCAAAGACGUGGACGAGAAAUCGGACAUCGCCCUCAUCAAGAUUGAUGCACCGACCAAGCUGCCCGUGCUGCCGCUGGGCCGUUCCUCGGACCUGAGGCCGGGGGAGUUUGUCGUGGCCAUCGGCAGCCCGUUUUCCCUCCAGAACACCGUCACCACAGGAAUCGUCAGCACCACCCAGCGAGGGGGCCGAGAGCUGGGGCUUCACAAUUCAGACAUGGAGUACAUUCAGACGGACGCCAUCAUCAAUUACGGCAACUCUGGAGGGCCUCUGUUAAAUUUGGAUGGCGAGGUGAUCGGGAUCAACACGUUGAAAGUGACGGCCGGCAUUUCCUUUGCGAUUCCCUCAGACAAAAUUCGGGAGUUCCUGGAAGAGUCCUAUGUAAGACAGUCCCGAGGGAGAGCAGCGGCUAAGAAGAAAUAUAUCGGUGUGAGGAUGAUGACUCUCACUCCAUCACUGGCCAAAGAGCUGAAGACUCGACACCGCGACUUCCCUGACAUCACCUCUGGAGCCUACGUUAUGGAGGUCAUUGCAAAGACACCGGCUGCAGUCGCUGGCCUGAAAGAGCACGACGUCAUCAUCUCCAUCAACAGCCAGAGGAUCUCAACAGCGACCGAUGUCAGUGCCGCCAUCAAGAAGGAAGGAACCCUGAGAGUAGUCGUGCGCCGUGGAAACGAGGACGCCAUCCUCACCGUUGUUCCAAUGGAGAUCGACCCUUGACCCUCCAAAAAUACAUUAAGAAAAAAAGAUCCCACCACAGGAGCUGGAGCUAAGUUUCACUUAUCACCAGUGGACCUUAUAAUGGAGAUGGGCUUCACUGACACACCCUCUCCCUGUGGCUAAAAGCCAGUGGCGCCACACAUCCAGGAAAAUUCUGGUUUUGCCUUGAAAGGAAGGACUGCACAGACGCUCUAAAAGCAGUGCUGUUACUUUGUUUUCCACGUGUGUUUUCAAUUUUAGUCUUCAAUGCUUUCAUCACUGCUACUACUGUUCGGCCACAAACAUAAGACGUUGGUUAUCGGCUUAUUGUUUCUCUCUGCUUCUUCUUGUGUAUUUUUUAUAUAUUGACUUUUUGCAGAGUCAGUCCUUUUAAAACAAUUUAUAGACUCACUGGGCAAAUCUAAUUUGUAUAAUUGUUGUUUUCUAAACUCCUUUUUUUAAGUACUGAAGAAUGUUGUUGAUUUUGUGCUGUAUCCUGGAAAAGAAAUAAAGGGUUGACCUUUUGUUUUGACACUCA